AAUAUUGUUUUCAUGUUGACUUCCUGUUGUGGGCGGAGUUUUGCGCAGGUGACACCGUUUUACUAAUAAAAGGCCACAGGUCGCUCYGAUGAGCACUGCACUCAGGCCAAACGCAUCAGAUGGCUCUGUGGGUUGAUUUCCUCCGUCUCUCCUCGGCAUUUCCAGCCCUUUACUAAUGGCAGCGUCAACAGGUUAUGGGCCCAGGAAGGAGCUUGGCGGCCGAUGGAACCGAUUAUGUUUUGACGGAGAUGAGAAGAAGUAHGAGCUGUGGGAAACCAAGUUCUUGGCCCACUUACGUCUGCUUGAGCUGAAGAGCACCAUAUUAUUGAAAGACGAACCCGAUGACGCGGAAGAAGACGCCAUCAAGAACGAAGAGGCGUAUGCAGAAUUAAUCCAAGUUUUGGACGAUAAGAGUCUGUCCCUUGUCAUGAGAGAUGCUGCGGAUGAUGGCAGAAAAGCUUUAAAGAUCCUGAGAGACCACUACGCUGGUUCCAGUAAGCCACAAGUGAUCAGUUUGUAUACGGAGCUGACGUCUCUUCAGAAAGCCGUCAAUGAGAACGUCACUGAUUAUAUUAUACGAGCAGAAACUGCAAUUACAGCGUURCGUAAUGCAGGAGAAGUUUUAAGCGAUGGCCUGCUGACUGCAAUGAUUUUAAAAGGACUGCCUGAUGAGUUCAAGCCAUUUUCUGUUUACGUUACACAGAGUGAUGAAGAGUUAACUUUUGCCCAAUUUAAAACCAAGCUGAGGAGCUAUGAGGGCACCAAAAAGUUGUGUGUUGCGGACUCGGCGGAAGACUGCGUGAUGAAGGUUAAAGGAAGAGACGAUUGGAGCACGAAACUCACCUGUUACACCUGCGGCCAGAGAGGACACAAAGCCCUGGAUUGUCCUUCAACCUCUGGCGAGCGCAGAAAGCCGAGACAGUGGUGUAGUUUCUGCAAGAGCGCCACGCAUAAAGACGCAAACUGCCGGCGGAAAAGGCGAGACAAAGUGAACCAAGCGAUGGAUGAGGAGGACCACACGUUCGCUUUCAAGGUGAAGCAGAUCGACGACUCCCAGAUCUAUGGCAUGAAGAUGAAGGGCCUCAUGAUYGACUCCGGUGCAACAAAGCACAUUGUGACGGACGCGGCAAAGUUCCAGGAUUUCGACUCAACGUUUAAGCCUCGGAGCCAUGUGUUGGAAUUGGCUGAUGGCGUGAGGGCCAGUGGCAUCGCGCUGAAGAAAGGCACUUCCAGAGUUAGUGUGAGAGACAGUAAUGGACGGRUUGUGGAGAUGAUGUUGAGGGACACCUUGUACGUCCCGUCAUUUUCCCAGGACAUCUUUUCAGUUAAAGCCG